GUAGAGGGUGGGUGUGAGGCACCAUGGACUCGAGGAUGAUGGAACCAGAGGAGUUCUGGGCCUUUGAAGACUACUUGGGGAACUCAACUAGGGGGCUGACCUGCCUCUCCAACAGGACCAGUUCAAGCGGCAUCAUACAAGGCGAUUAUCCUCUUGGUUACUUUGUCCCUCUCCUCGUAUUGCAGAUGUCUCUUGCUUCCAUAACAAUUCUAUUCACCUUAAUCAUUCUCAAGCCUCUAGGCCAACCCCUCAUGGUUGCCCAAAUUUUGGGUGGUGUCCUGCUAGGUCCUUCUGCUUUGGCACAUAGCAAGACGAUUGCAAGAUUAUUGUUUCCAUUACAGAGUUUCAUAAUGUUGGAUGUAAUUGCAGUACUGGGAAUCAUGUUCUAUUUCUUCUUGAUUGGAGUUUAUAUGGACCCAUGGAUAGUAAAGAGGAUUGGACAGAAAGGAUAUGCAAUAGGAAUUUCAGCUGGCAUCUGUUCUAUUCUUUCUCCUCUCUUUGGUUUUUAUUAUGUAUAUGACUCCCUUACUGAUCAAUCAUUGAAAGAAUCAAUCCCCUAUGUAAUGAGGGCACAGACGAUCUUCACAUUCCCUAUCAUUGCUCGCUAUCUCUUCGAGCUCAAUAUCUUAAAUUCAGAGUUUGGUGGUAUGGCAUUGUCUUCAUCAAUUGUAGGUGGCAUGUGUUCUGUUUUAUACCAAUUGUGGGGUAAUAACGGUCAUUCCAUAUCAUUUCUAGCAAUUCUCCGAGCUAUUGGUUUCAUACUGGGCAUCAUCUUCAUCAUCCGGCCACUGGCAUUGUUAAUAAUCAAAAGGAAUAAGGAGGGGGCCUCAGCUUCCAUCUAUUCCAUUUUUGUAGCUGUCUUAGUUUCUGGGUUAGGAAGUCAUUGGAUGGGCUACCCUAUCAUAUUGGGGCCUUUUGUUCUGGGCAUAGCUAUACCUCCCGGGCCACCUUUAGGAGCAGCCCUAGUAAAGAGGCUUGAAGUCAUUGUUUCAUGGAUUCUUAUGCCAAUCUACUUCCUCAAAAUUGGUUUGGCAAUAAAUAUUUUUUCCAUACCUAUUUCAAAUCUUCUGAACGUGGGGAUGAUAAUCCUUAUUGCCUGCUUUGGAAAAUUUUUGGGAGCAUUUGCUGCUGCUAUCAAAUGCAAGUUACCCUUGUCUGAUGCUCUCUCAGUUGCCCUUAUUGUCAACGUCAAAGGUGCCCUUGAGCUCGCCAUUGUCAAAGCAACUAGAAGAAAGGAGCAAUUAAACAAUGAAUGCUUUAUGAUGGUGUGUACUUCUAUGCUGGUCACAACAAUGGUGAUCACAUUCCUGCUAAAAGUUUCCUAUGAUCCUUCAAAGAGAUAUUUGGUUUACAGUAGAAGGACUAUUAUGGACUCCAAACCCAACAUCGAACUUAGACUUCUGAUGUGCAUCCACAAAGAAGAAAGUGUUCCCUCCCUCAUCAACAUUCUUGAAGCCUCCCACCAUACCCAGUAUGAUCCCAUUUCAGUCUACAUUCUCCAUUUGGUAGAGCUUGUUGGUCGUGCAACACCACUUUUCAUCUCUCACAAUUCAUUAAUGUACACUUCUUCAAAGGCCAAGCUCUCUGCACACAUUGUUAAUGCUUUUAGGCAAUAUGAAGGAAAGAAUGAAGUGAGUAUCACAGUGAAUGCGUUCACAGCUGUCACUCCAGUUUCUGCCAUGUACGACGAUGUUUGCAUGUUCGCUCUUGAAAAGAGGACUUCCCUUAUAAUUCUUCCCUUCCAUGAGCAAAGAGCUACCAGAGGAAGCAUGUCAGAGACAGCUCGUUUGGGCUAUAGGUCUAUGAACCUAAGAGUCCUUGAAAAAGCCCCUUGCUCUGUUGCAAUCCUUAUUGAACGGGGGCUUUGGAGAGACUCAUGGUCUGCAUUAGCAAGUUGGUCUCCAUUUCGUGUUGCUGUAUUAUUUUUUGGUGGUCCUGAUGAUAGAGAAGCAUUGGCCUUCGCAACUCGAUUAUCUGGACAUCCCAAGGUCAGUCUCCUGGUAAUUCGAAUUCUUCCAAACCAUGAUGGAAUCUAUGAAACAGAGGAAAAUUUGGACCUCGAUGAUCAUAUAAUUAAUGAGUUUAGGUACAAAAAGGCAGAUAAUGAUCGGAUCAGAUACAUUGAGGAAAGAGUGAAGGAUGGGACCGGAUCUCUUCGUGUAAUUCAGUCACUUGAGAGUGAUGAUUACCAACUUGUUAUGGUGGGAAGACUCCAUGAUAAUAACUCACCAGUUAUGUCGGGACUUGCAGAAUGGAGUGAGCUUACAGAGCUAGGAACAAUUGGGGACAUAUUGACCUCAUCUGAUUUUAGAAGUGAUGCCAUGAUCUUAGUGAUACAACAGCAUGCCAAAACAACAAAAGUCUCAAAGAAGAAUUGGAAAUAG